AUGGACAACCAUUCUUCAUGCCCGGAUCCUUCAUUUAAAUUUGACCCUCUUCCAAACCCUGCCAAUCACAUCAGGCUCUUGGAAAUCUUCGGCGAUGACCAUCAUUUCAACCCCGCCCAGGUCACGUGCAGACUUACGACAUGGCCAGUAGACCCGCCCGGACUGCCUUCCUAUCACGCCAUCUCGUAUACCUGGGGGGAACCCGGAGACGACACUCUUAUCCGGCUCAAUGAGAAAUCAUUUUCAGUGCGGAGAAACUGCGAAUAUGUCCUAAGGCAGGCUCGCUGGCAUGGGAAGAGCCAGUACUACUGGGUAGAUGCCAUCUGCAUCGACCAGAACAACCUCCAUGAAAAGAGCAAGCAGGUUACUAUGAUGGGCAACAUUUAUAAGCGGGCUGCCCACGUCUUAAUCUCCUGGAGAUUCCGCCUGCGUCACAGGUCCGCGACAACCCGCUGCCUUCUCCUUGCCGCAGCGCGCUUUGCCAUGAGGCCAUACUUCACUCGGCUAUGGAUCUUGCAAGAGUUGCGUAAUGCGCGGGAUUACAGCUUCUUGUGUGGUAUGCAGGCAAUAGAUCGCCGCGAAGUCGUGCCCUUGCUGGCCCACCUUUGCAACGUGCUGGACUUCGGCAUCGAAAAGGCCUCAAUACUCUGGCAGCCUUUUGAACAGGGGCGUGACAGGUCUCUGACUCUCAUAGGAACAAUUGUGACGAGGCUCUGGGGCAUUCGAAGAAUUAUGCCACAGCAUCUUUUCACUUACUUGCCUCCCCGGGAGUACGCGCAAGUACACGGAAGAGUCAUCCAAUCUCUCGAACUCAUCGGAACACAUACAAAUCGCUUGUUUGAGCUGCUGCGGCUUGCGAACUGGUUAGAAUGCGCCGACAGGAGGGACAAUGUAUACGGAAUCAUAUCCCUCAUAAACUGGGGCGAUGUCGCUGUGAUCGCACCAGACUACACACAAAGUAGCUUUCAAACCGCCAUAAACUUUAUUCGCGCACUAGGGAAAUUGAAUAGCCCCGCAUUGGAGUGGUCCUUCAACUUGCAAGUUCUUUCGUCUGAGAUUGUGGGGAACCUCAGACUUGACAAGAAUUCCAAAGAUGUGCCCGAGGCAAUUUGGGCGCGUCGGGGCAUGCCUGAGACCAUUUUCACAGAAUCCGAACUGCAGCUUGAAGACCUUGGGCCUUUGGACUUUAUUGAGGAAACUGCAUGGUGUCUCUCAGCUGACCAUCUCGACCGGAGUCGGGCUGAAUACUUCAUCUGGACACCAACUGGGCUUGGGGACGAUAAAUUCUAUCUUCCCCGAUGGUCAAGACCAGGUGAUUGGAUCGUGGAGGCUGUAAAUUGGAUGGCUGGCGGUUACUCCAUCUACCUUCUAGUGAGAGAGGUUGACGGUACCUCGCGUGGUCUUCCAAUCGGGCGUUGUUAUGGAAGCACUGGCAUUCACUAUGCCGGACUGGUCUCGACCAAAUUCAAAAUCUACUGGGACAUAGAAGAUUUGGUUAUUAUCUGUCUGGUUGAGGACCCGGAGAAUGUCGGCCUGGAAUUGGAUACCUGGCUCGAAGACUUUCUGGAUAUCGGUGUCUGCAGAAAGACUACACCAUGCUCGUCUUUCGCAAUAAGAAUAGAUGGCAUCUGA